AUUUUGUAUUUGAUAGUAAUUGAUAGUAUGUGUCUAAAACUAUUUUGUUUCUCUCCUGUAUAGAUUCUGAAGUUUUAUUAAGUUUUAGAGCAAGGGUCACCAACCUUUCGGACCUCAGGGACCACUAAAUUCCUAAUUUUAAAUCCUGCGGACAACUAAUACGAUUUUAAAAAUAAAUAAAUAAAUAGUAUUUAGUGCAAUAUAAAAAAUGCAAAUAAUUUUUCUGCGGACCACCAACAUUUUUAGUUUGUGAAAUAUGUUGCUUUAAUUUUAACUGAAAGGAGGAUUGCACACCACAGUUCUAUAAACUCUUUGGGAUUAUAAGCAUUUGUAAGCAUUUGCUUGGCGGCCUCCCUAAAAUUCUUGCUUCCUUUCCUUUCUUUUUUCCAUUCUUUCUUUCUCUCUUGUGGUUUUUCUUUGCUGCUAAAAUUUAUACAUUUAUUUGAAAAUAAAAAUUUAAAAAUUGCAACCCCCCCCCCAAACCUUAGACACUUAAAAUUUAGGACAGUAGCUUCUGUAGCACUGCCUUCUUUGCUGGAUAAUCAGUGAAGUUCUUGCAAUUAGUGCAAGUCCAGUAUUAUUAUUUUUUUACAUUUACCUCACUGUCUUACUCAAUUGUUUGGAGAGGCUGAAGGAACCCUGUUUUUCUUCCAGAAAGUCCAGUUGCUGAGCCUUUCAAAUUGCAAAAUAUUUUGGAUACCGGGGCUAGGUUCGUGGGUCCAGUAAUCCAAAAUUCAGGGAAGGACUGACUCUUGGUCUGUUUGCCUUUAUCUCUCCUAAUCUUUUUAUGAUUGCUGUUCUUCUCUGAGACAGCUUGAUUCAUUUUUGUUUCCUCUGCUUGCAAAGUAGGGCUGGAGCCUAAGAGCCCUUUGUAUUUUAAGUCCCACAGAGGCGGUGUUAGAUCAUUUGCAUCCUUCAUCAUAAAAAGAUUCCACUUUAUCCACUAAAGAUGGCUACUUGAUUAUAGGCAUUCUGUUAUUUUUAAUCCAUUUUAAGGAUUUAAUUAAACUUUUCUGUAACUGUCCUUGUUGCCCCUUCAGACCAGCGUUUCUCAAACUUGGUCAUUUUAAGAUAUGUGGACUUCAAUUCCCAGAAUUCCCUAGCAGCAGCCAGUCAAACUGCUGCAUACAUGGUGGGGAAUUCUGGGACUUGGGUCUGCAGAUCUUAAAGUUGAGAAAUUGUUCCAAUCUGCUUCUAAUUCCCAUUCAUUCAUGGCACUAUUGAGAACCAUUUCCGUAACUCUUAAGGAGGGUAUUAACUGAAUUUAUUAUCAGCUGUUAUUUCCAGUCUUAAAAAUUAGGUAUGCCUUUGUUAUCUGGAUUUGGCUCUUCUAGAGAGGAAGAUCUCGGCUGCAGCAGUUCCCUUUUAAGAAUAACCUAAACAGAAGCAGGAAAGAGGACAAUCUUGUUAGCUGUAUAUCCUUUGUAAAGUUGACUGACUUGACUUUGUGAAUGUAUUUUGCAGAGGACUUCUUUUGCUAUUUUGAGUUGCUUAAGCUGAGGCAAUUGGAUUAUUUAAGGAAGAUUUAUUUAUUAUUUAAGGCCAGAUUGAUCUAGUGGUUAAGGCAGCAGGCUAGAAACUAGGAGACACUGAGUUCUAAUCCUGCCUCAGGCGUGAAAAACCAGCUGGGUGACAUUGGGCUGGUCAUUCCCUCUCAACUCAAUUCACCUCACAGGGUGAUUUUUUGUGAAGAAAAUAGGCAGAGGAAGGAGUAUAGGUAGUUUUCAACUUACAACCAUUUGUUUAGUGACUGUUCCAAGUUGCAACAGCACUGAAAAAACUAACAUGACUGUUUCUCACACUUAUGACCGUUGCAGCGUCCCCCCGGUCAUGUGAUUGAAAUUCGAAUGCUUGGAACUAGCUCAUAUUUAUGAUGCUUGCAGGGUCCCGGGGUCAUAUCGCCGUUUGCAACCUUCUUACAAGCAAAGUUAAUGGGGAAGCCAGAUUCACUUAACAACCGUAUUGCUAACUUAGUAAGUGCAGUGAUUCACUUAACAAUUGUGGCACAAAAGGUCGUAAAAUGGAGCAAAACCCAACUCUUGUUUAGCAACAGAAAUUUGGGAACUCAAUUGUGGUCGCAAGUCGAGGACUACCUAUAUGAAGUAUGUUCGCUGCCUUGAGUUACUUAUAAAAAUAAUAACAAUGGGAUAAAAAAAACCUAAAAAAAGAUGGAAUGGAUAUGCAAACAUUCCUGGUUUAGACUGAAUAGAUGGAAAAUGGUGUGUAUCUUGGCUCAUCUUGAAAAGCUAAGCAGGGCUGGAUGGGAGACCACUAGGAAAAAAAAGAAGACGACUAAACUGGAGAAUUAAAAAAAUGUCUGGUAAAUAGGUAGUUGAGAAGCCACUUCCAAAUUGCUGGCCAUGAUACCUACAUGAUUCUGUCUAUGAAAUCUCCAGAAGUUGAAUUUAAUACAAAGAAUACUUAACUUUUAUUUCUGCUAAAUACACAUAUCCUAAAAAUAAAUGCCUGUUUCCAAUUUUGUCAUAUUUAAUACUAGACUUUAUUGGUCUUGUAUAUUACAGGUAGUCCUCGACUUACAACCACAGUUGAGACCGAAAUUUCUCCUGCUAAGCGAGACAGUUCAGCUCCACUUUAGGACCAUUCUUGCCACAGUUGUUAAGUGAAUCACUGCAGUUGUUAAGUUAGUAACAUGGUUUGUAAAGUAAAUCUAGCUUACAAGACUGCCUUUGUAAGAAGGUUGCAAAAAGUGAUCCUAUGACCCUGGGACACUGCAGCUGUCAUAAAUAUGAGUCAGUUGCCAAUUGUCUGAAUUUUGAUCACAUGACCAUGGGGAUUGUGUAACGAUCAAAUGUGAAAAACGAUCAUAGAAAUUCUUCUUGCACAGGAUCCCAGAAGGUAGACUGGACUGAUCCUGGAAGUUUGGAAGCAGAAGAGUCCCCUAUGCAGAUGAGAAAGAAAGAGACUUGGCCGUGGAUUAUAGCAUUGCCCCUGAACGAAGAGGAAGGGGAGAUUGUCCUGAGCAUUGAGCCCAGCAGCCACAUGGAACAGGACAACGUGCCUGCAGUCGAUGUAGCCCCUGUGGCCCGAGGGAAGGGAGAGCGUACUUACCCCUGCAGCGAAUGUGGAAAGGCAUUCAGCCAAUGGUCCAAGCUAGUGCGCCACCGGCGUAUCCACACAGGCGAGCGUCCCAACACCUGCACGGACUGCGGAAAGUCCUUUACUCAGAGCUCUCACCUCGUUCAGCACCGGCGGACACACACUGGUGAAAAGCCUUACGUCUGCCAGGAUUGUGGCAAGGCCUUUUCCUGGAGCUCCAACCUGGCCCAGCAUCAGCGCACCCACACUGGGGAGAAGCCGUAUGUCUGCCGGGAAUGUGGCAAGGCCUUCUCACAGAGCACCAACCUCAUCAAGCACCAACGUAGCCACACCGGCGAGAAGCCCUACCGUUGUCCCGAGUGCCCCAAAAGCUUCUACCGCUCUUCUGAUCUCAUUCAACACCAGAUCACGCACACCGGUGAACGCCCCUUCAAGUGUGAAGAGUGCGGGAAAGGAUUCACACAGAGUGCCAACCUGGUCAAACAUCGUAAGAUCCACGCUGGAGAGAAACCCUUCCGUUGUAACGACUGCGGCAAGACCUUUAUCCAGAGCUCGGAGCUCAUCCAGCACCAGCGCACUCACUCUGGGGAAAAGCCCUAUCAGUGCCAGGAAUGCGGCAAACGCUUUGGCCACGGUGCCACCCUGGUCAAGCACCAGCGGCUUCACAUGGGAGUGGAGCCCUAUCGCUGUGCAGACUGUGGCAAGACUUUUGGGCUCAGCUCCGCACUGGAGCGGCACCGGCGGUGCCACAGUGAAAGCCGCCCAUACGCUUGUGGGGAAUGCGGUCAGAGUUUCUCCUUAGCCUCCAAUCUUACUUUGCAUGCUCGUAUCCACCGGGGCGAGAAACCAUACCGGUGUGCUGAUUGCGGCAAGUGCUUUGGCAUGAGCUCCACCCUCAUCCGCCACCAGCGCAUCCACACGGGUGAGAAGCCGUACGCGUGUUUGGACUGCGGGAAGGCCUUUGUCCGAAGCUCGCACCUCACCCAGCACCGCCGCACACACACGGGUGAACGGCCAUACCAUUGCGAGGAAUGCGGCCGGCGUUUCUCCCAAAGCUCCAACCUCAUCACCCACCAGCGCAUCCACAUGGAGGAACGGCCCCACGUCUGCCAUGGUUGUGGGCAGCGCUUUGCCCUGGAGGAGGAACUGCAGCGUCACCAGCAGGAAGAGAAUGGGAAGUGCAAAGAGAAAAGAAAGGCCAAAGAACCAGAAAGUAGCGUUUCCCCCGUAGAGGACCUGUAUGGCAGUAGCCCUGAGGAUGAUGCCCACAUGCAAGAACUUUCAGAGGACAACAGCGUAACGUGUGCCACGUGCCGUCUGGAUGGCAAAGAUGCUGGAGAAGUGGAGCAGCAUCAGAGCUGCCGUGCUGUUCAUCUUUGUAAUAUUUGUGGGCAGAGCUUCCAGGAUGCCGAAACGUUAGCACAGCACGAAGAGAGCCACACUUCUUACAUCUGCACAGAGUGUGGGAGGAGCUUUGAUGAUGCCGGAACCUUGGCUUGCCAUCAGGAGGACCAUGAACCUUGGAUUUGUGGCACUUGCGGACAGAUGUGCAAGGAUAGCGUGGCUCUGGUUGAGCAUGAAGAAACCCAUUCGCUGCCAAUCAAUAGGGCCUGUAGGGUGAAAUUGAUUGACCGCAAGAGAGAUGGGCAGCAUGAGAGAAGUAGGAAGGGCAAGGAAAACCUGAAGCGUUCAUUGGUCCAAGAACCCCCCAAGGUCCCGCCAUGCAUCAAUUCCAAGGUCUCGGAGAGAGACCUCAUGGAGCCAGAGGAAGCACAGGGAGCUUGGGUCCGUCUUGAAUGUGGAAAAAGCUGCAAGGAUAUCUCAAUCCUAGGGAGUCAUCAGCAGAGUCACAGGAGAUCUCUUGUCUGCUCUGAACACGGGCAUGGUGAGGUCAACUUCAGGCAGGAGAAAUUGUACCGAUGUUCUGAAUGUGAACAGGAUUUUGGAGAUCUGUUGGCCCUGACUUGCCACCAGAGGGAACAGAAGUGUGGGAAUCUGGAUCAGUGUAUGGAGUGUGGUCAGCCUGUGGUGGACACCUCAGCCCUUACGCUCCACCAGGAGAGGCAGUUGGGGGACAAAGCGCACGAGCGUCUUCAACCCAAAGAAGCUUCCAGUCCUGAAUUAGAUAUUGCUGUACAUCAGAAGAAUCGGACCGAGGAGCCUUCUGAUACAGCUCUCACUGACCCUCAAGAAGUCUUGACAGGACAAGAAACUUCCAAAGAAAGUGCUCUCUCUAGCUUCAAUCAGGGAAAACCACUGGAAGAUCAGCUGUUCUGUGGCUGCUCAGGUUUUUCUGCCCACCAAGGAACCAUCAUGGAUGACAAUACUUCCAACAACAAACCUCAGAGAAUCCCCAUGGGACCCUCUGGUGGGCUGCCACAGAGCCAUUCAUCUCCUUCCUUACAAGAAGAUGAAUCCUGCUUGCAUCCACAGGAAGGCUGUAGAGCCAAGAGUCCAUUAGAUGUUUCUUCUUUCAAAGAAGCCUCUAUCUGUGCUCUGAUCUCGCCAAGGUCUAGCAUCCUGGACAAGUCUUCUCCAGUAUCCACAGUAAUGACUGCCCUCAUCCAGCAGUCGAGCACCAAACCCUACAAGUGUCAUGAGUGCGAGCAGAGUUUUGUCACUGCGGCCGGCUUGUCUCAUCACCAGAUCGGCCACACGAAAGAACGUUGGCUGAAGUGCCCUGAAUGUGGACAGGGCUUCCCAGAAAGGUGGGCUCUGAUCCAGCACCAGAUGGACCACAGGGUGGAGAAAGACAAAGGAGCCCAUAACCCAUCGUCUCCAAAACAGAAUUGUAGCAAAGACAGGGGGAACCCAGAACUUGGGGAGAACUUCACAGGGUUCUCAGCCAUCCUUUUGCAGAGAGGGAACCAUAUCUCUGAAAGGAGCAUGUUGCUGCGGCCCAAAGACCAUGGAGCUGAUGGAAAGCAGACCUUGGCUGAUGCCUUGGAGACCUCAGAGUCCUAUUUCAAUCUUGACUUGGGUAAAACUCCCCGCUCUGGUGGUCUGUUGGCCCAGCACCAUAUACGGCCAGAUAAAGGCAGAUAUUUUGUGCAUUCUGAGCCCAGAAAGAUUUCCAGAAACAGUUCACUUUUGCUGCACCAUCUCCAGAACCACACGGUGGAGAAGCCUUGAUGCCCUGGAAUUGCAGGUCAUGUCAGUAUGACUUAUAGCAUUGGCCAUGUUCAUGCUUUCCCUCCUGGCGCACAGGACUAUUGAGCUGUGCGGCCCUUAUAUGCAAUUGUGGUUUUUGAAGUCUGCCAACCAGAGGAAAGUUGCCAGCUAGGAACUAUGGGAAUCAUAGCCCCAGAGAGAACCAGAUUGGGGAAGGUUGCUUCUGAUGGAUGGGAUGUGGAGAUGAAACCAAACUGAAACAGAAUGUGUUGUUUGACAGAUGUGCAAAAUGAGAAACCCUUACAGUAUUUCUCUAUCCUCAAAAUAGAGCAAAUUUCCUUUCCUUUCCUUUCCUUUCCUUUCCUUUCCUUUCCUUUCCUUUUCCUUUCCAUUCCCCCUUUCCUCUCCUCUCCUCUCCUCUCCUCUCCCCUCCCCUCCCCUCCUCUCUUCUCCUCUCCCUUUCCUUCCCCUUUUCCUUCCUUUUUCUUCUCCUUUCCUUUUCCUCUCCUUUCUAUUCCUUUCCUUUUCCUUCCCUUUCCUUUCCCUUUCCCCCUCCCUCCCCUUCCUUCCUUCCUUCCUUCCUUCCUUCCUUCCUUCCUUCCUUCCUUCCUUCCUUCCUUCCUUCCUUCCUUCCUUCUCCAGGCAAAAAACUCAAGAGCGAUGUGAAUUCAAAUUUCUGUCAUCUGUAAUGGAUGAGUGGAAGUGGAAAUGACUUGAAUUGGGAUUCAUGAUCAGUUUAGAGCAAUGUUUUUUGAACUUGGCAACUUUAAGAUGUGUGGAUUUCAACUCCCAGAAUUUAAUCCUGGGAAUUGAAGUCCAUGAAAACCCUGGUAUAUGAGUGUAAAAAAAAAUUGAUAGAAAAAGAAAAUGAGUUUUUUUCAGAAUACAUCUCUUUCUCUGGCAUAUUUUAGUGCUUCUCAGAAAAACCUACCCCACUGCAAAUAGAUUUCUUGAAAAUCGUGAAGGAUCUUUGGAUCAAGUGAAAAUUGUCCUUUCUUGCCAAAUGGUGGUUUUCCUGUCAUUGGCAAGCUUCUGAAUUUCCGAUGGCUGAUUUUGCAUUCUGUAUUGAUCGGGUUUGUUUUAUUGUACAUUUGAUGACAAUUUGGAAGUUUCAACUUACAGUCUUCCGCCAACAAAGAUUCCUACUUCCAUGCCACCAGAUGGUAUCUGUAAAUCAGAAUACUCAGAUGCGGGCAUCUUCUAGUCAGAUGGGCAGCAUAUAAAUUUAAUAAAUAAAUACAUCUUCUACACCAUAGAUUUCUACUCCUUGGAAUAAAACCUUACAUAGCAAAUAAUUUUGAAUGUUUGCUGAAAGGGGUAGGUCUAGGCAGCAUUUACAAUUUAUCUCCUUGACGAAGUUCUUAAUAUUCUAGUCUACAUUGCCAGUCUCAUAUUGUAGAGAUGAUAAAUAGCAAUAGACUUACAUACCGCUUCAUAGUGCUUUUACAGCCCUUUCUAAGCGGUUUACAGAAUCAGCAUAUUUCCCCCAACAAUCUGGGUUCUCAUUUUACCCACCUCGGAAAGGAUGGAAGGCUGAGUCAACCUUGAGCCAGUGAGAUUUGAACUGCUGAACUGCAGCUAGCAGUCAGCUGAAGUAGCCUGCAGUAUUGCACUCUAACCACUAUGCCACCUCUGCUCUUAAAUAAAUGAUGGUUGGCUUAUUCCAGACAGUUUCAAGAGAUUUGGUGGGUGUCUCUCUUGGAUCCAAGUGUACAGUAGUCAGAAUUUGUAAUUAAAAGUUGAUGCACAUUGUGGGUCUUAAAAAAAAUUAAUACUGGUACAGUCAAUCUGAUCACAGGAAGCAAUGUCAGUGUUAUUAUUUUAAUUUUUUUUUUCCAGAAAUGGAUGAGUGAUCGUGGAGAAAAAUUAAUUUUGGCCCAAGAUGACUUGAUAAUCUCUAUACGAUUUCAGACUGCUACAAAGUCAACUUGGCUUUUUAUUUUAUCUCAUCCUUGGCAACUUGAAGAUGUUUAGAAUUCAACUCCCAGAAUUCCUUGCUGCCCAGAAAAUUCUGGGAGUUAAGCACACCAAGAUUGAGUCAAGCUGCCAAGAUUGAGAAACACUGUUUUAAAGAAGAAAUAAGUCUGGGAUUAAAACAGAUGGGCUGAAAUUUCAGGAGAGAUGUCCGCUAUGUUGGUUUUGUAAGAGGUCUUUUUUUCUGUAGCUGAGGAAAUAUUUUGCUCAUGAGAUUGGAUGACUAGUUUUUAGCUUUUCAAGUCAUAUGUUCAUAUUUCUUUCUCCAUCCUCUGAAUUCUUGUAGUUUUUGAUUCUUGUUAAAUUUAUAAUAGAAUUUUAUGGUCUACGAAAACAUUUUAGAUUAAACAGCCACUGGUUCUUUAAUUUACCAAUUUAAUCAUAUAAUAUCUGUUGCCAUAGCAAGAGCUGUAGAACACAGCAAGAACUGUAAAUCAAUCUAUUUGUAGAAAAAGCGUUUGCAACAGAAUAAUCGUAACAAGGGCUUAAAUUGUUCAGUUUAGACUAAUACAGAUUUUCUAAUUCCAAUUAUUUUUCCAUAAUGGUGAAUCCUCUUCAUAACACAUAAUUAUUAUUUUAAAUUAAUGGUCUCAAAUUAUGGGACUGCUUCCAUUGCAUACCUCUUAACAAUUCAGCUGGUUUGGCUCCAUAUGUUUGAAAAACUGCUAAAUUGGCUGGUUGCUUCUGAAGGAGCUGUUGUUAGUGACACUCCAAAUCACAGGAUUAAUGUUUUAACCUAAAGCAUAGUAUCAGUGCUUCCUUUUGGCUAUAGCAAUUUGUUUUUGUUUUUUUUAUGAUUUUGAUAUGCCUCUAGGAACUCAAAUGCUCUGCAUGAGAAUCUUCCUUUAUUUUAUCCUCACAAAAAUCACCCUAUGAAAUUGGCUGGAGCGAAAAAUUACUGGAUCAAAAUUUCCAUGGUUGGGGCUGGGUGUGAAACUGGCUUUUCCUGGUUCUAUUCUAGGCUGAAGCAUGCCAGAAAUCCAGGAACAUUCCUUUAUCCAUCAACGGGAACAUUAAAUCGUAACCAGGCUUUGUUUGGUUAAGGGUGGAUAAAAAUAUACAGAUGAACUGAGAAGUUAUCUCAGAUGGCAAAGUGCUUCAAGAAAGUGUUCAAAACUUUGUGACCUCCAUGUGAAUCAUCGUACUAAGGAGGUCAAGGAAACCAAAGAGCCAGUGUGGUCUAGUGGUCUAGGUAUAGGCCUAGAAAUAGGAGACUGGGUUCUAAUCCUGCCUUAGGCACGAAAGCUGGCAGGGUAACUUUAGGCCAAUCGGCAGGAGACUGUGAGUUCUAGUCCCGCCUUAGGCAUGAAAGCCAGUUUAGAGACUUUGGGCCACUCGGCAGGAGACUCUGAGUUCUAACCCUGCUUUAGGCAUGAAAGGCAACUGGGUGACUGGGCCAGUUAUUCUCUCUUAACCCAACCCAACUCACAGGAUUGUUAUGGGGAAAAUGGGAGGAGGAAGGAGUAUUAAAUACGUUUGCCACUUUGAGUUAUUUAUAAAAUAAUAAAGGCAGGAUAAAAAUCAAAUAAAUCAAACCUCAGCCAUUCUUGUUUUGAACAGAACUCCCCUUCCCCCGGGAAGCCAAAUAGCAGAUAAUGGUAAAAAAGGGGGGAAAAAAAACCAUUCAGUGUUACCUUAUCUGACUAUCUGGACCAUCUAUGCAGUUUUAUUGAAGCCGUGGGGAAGUGGUCCAUCAUGACAACUUCAAAGGUGCUUUUUGGGUGUAUGUCCCUUCUUACAGUUCUGGAUUUCUGGGUUUGUUCUUCCAUCUAUGUUCUAGUCACUUCUAUUCAGCCUACUUUCUCCUGCUCUGCCUGAUGCUGCUAUUAUGAUGUUCUAAUAUUCCAUUUGAAUUUUAUCUACCUUCCCCAUUCCCCUUCCUUCCUCUCUAUUAUUUUUUUUCAGGUCUCUACUUCACUGAAAACUGGAUUUCUCACCUUAAAUUUGAAAAACUGUAUGUUUACUCAGAAGCAAGUUCCAUUGUGUUCAGCAAGGUUUCUUCUUUAUAAGCAUGUGCAAAAUUAUUAUUUUUAGCACUUGUCUUUUGUAACUCAGGGCUAACAUUUUAUUUUCCCCAAAUCUCCACCUGUCAAUAUCGAUAAGUAAAAAAUAACCCCUUUCCUUAGCAUCCAAGUGAUAACAGUUGGAGAUUUUCUGAUAUAAAUAUGAUUUUAGUUAUUGGAGGAGUUAUAAUGUUUUUCUUUUCACAAUCUUUUGGUUUCUGUUUAAUUGAUUUCCCAUCAAAACUUCAUUGUAAAACUAAGAAUGAUCAAACCUGGAACUAAUACAAACUGAAAACUGAUUUA